AUGUCGGCUUCGACAUGGGCUACGGAUGUGAGCCCUCCUCUUACGACGGAUAAUGACCAUAACCAUAGUGGACUGGUUGUUGUCAUCACCGCGGUCACCUUGUGUCUGGUUUUGUUUUCUCUCGCAGCGCGCAUCUACUCUUCGCAACAUAGGGAUAGUCUGCAGCGAGAUGAUUACACAUUUGGGGCUCUCGUGCUUGCAGCAAUUUUCCAGAUUAUAAUUGUGUUUUGUCAGGUCCACUACGGGUGGGGAACUCCCAUCGAUGGCCUCGAGGCCACAAGCAAAGAGCAAAUGUUGAAGAUAGUAUAUUCUGCCGAUAUUCUCUCCAUUAUUGUGCUCGGUCUUUCAAAGAUUACAGCCUGCAUUUUUUAUAAUGGCCUAUUCUCCAGGAUACAACGUCAAGUAUCCUACGUCGUCCUUCUAGUAAUGAUCGCGUGGACAAUACUAUCCGUGUUUCUGCUGGGAAUUCGGUGUUCUUCUAAUCCCUGGUCCGAAAUCAGCACCACUGAGUGUAGCGGAUUGCGUCCCCGCUGGGAAGCCAUUACGGCCCUCGACAUUUCUACCGAGAUUGUACUUCUUAUAUACGCGGCACUUGCAAUCCAUGAAGUCAGAAUCUCGACAAAGAAGAAGAUCAUCGUGCUUUGCGCUCUCGAGAGUCGGAUAUUGCUCAUUCCCAUGGCGGCAGUUCGUCUACACUUCAUCCUAGUCCAGCUCUCCUCGGAGGAUCCAACUCUCCUCGGGUCCUUUGCCACGGUUACAACGGAGAUAUACAUGGGGCUAAGUGCCUGCUGCCUCUUGACGGCCUUUCUCAAGUCCUUCGUUGCAGUCUACGAGGACGAGAUUGGGAUAACGUAUACGUAUCGGAGGCCGUCGAAGUCCGAGUCUCGGUCGAUAACUACUACGUCGAAGGAUACACCGUCUCACAGGCUCCCCCGUAGUGUGAGAACAGAGCGAGGAGUAAAGGGCUGGGAGCGAGAUGAAGAUCCGAUCAUCGAAUCAUCUGAGGGUAUUCAAGGGUUACAAAUUAUGAAAACUGUACAUUAUAGCGUGCGAGACGAGUCUAUAGAGCUACCGGAGCGAGGGGCUACAGGUAUCUAA